UCCGAGUGUUUUGUAUACAAAUGGAGGGAAAUCAGACCUGUUUACAAAACGCAGCUUUACUUCUUCAGCGUUAUAGUGACUUCAGUUCUUGUUUCUGUUUUUUGAUAAAUUUACUUUCUGAAUAUCGUAGAAUGGAUUGAAAGAUGUCAUCUGAACCAGCGCUCGUAAACAGACGCACAGAACUACCCCGUUGCACUUCUCAAUGGACCGAGGAUGACCUGAAAACCCUGCAGAUCGCCGUUGUGCAGUCGAGAGCGUAUAUACCGAGAGAACUGCUCUCGUGCAUUGUGAACGAAACAAUCGAAAGAAGGGUGGCGAGAAUUAAGGACCAUUUGAUGAAGUAUAUGCCGCCUGGUUUGGCCUUGAUUGAUUUUGAUGACUUCUAUUCUGUACAACACGACAAGUGUCGCUCCAUUCUGUACAAUGCUCAGAGUCUCCCGAUGUCCUACAGAUUCAGAGCUGAACCCCUGCAGGAGUUUGCAGAGGACGCCUGGCGACAAUCGUUUCAAGUCCAUGGUGAACUGUUCUGUAAGCAGUUGAUAUACAUGAGCUGGCUACGAGAGACAGGACACUCCAUUACAGAUCACAUGUUUCUGCAGCUGUUUCAACACUUCACAGCCAUGUUUGGCCUUCAUUCAAUAAGUGCCUCUUGUCAGCGACCACAUACUUCUACAGUGUGUGACAUGGAAGUUAGCUCAUCCCCGGACCUGACUUUUUAUGAUCUUCCAAGCUGUGAUAAAGACAACACUAAAUUGUUUGCAGUGUGUCGGGUCCAAAGAAACACAAGAAGAUCUGAAUGUAAUGACAUUCCAUUACAACCAUCAUCAAAAAGGCUUCAUGCAGAGAGACAAAGGGAGAUAACUCAUUUAGAUGCUGAGGUCAUAGGUCAGCAUGGCGGGGACCUCUUGGUUCACUAUGCCUCCAGGUCCUCCAAGCAACAGGGCAUGCUGGGAUUGAUAGUGCAAGGAGCCAAUGUGACAUUUUCCGAGUUCUCUUGUACAGCCAUGGAUUAUGAGGCCCUAGCACGGGGAACUCCAUCAUUUCCCGAGGGCACAGGACCCCAGAUGAAGUUCAGUAAACCUUACAACAUCUUGAGGGCUGAAGACCGCAUCCAUUUGAUUGAACCACUCCUGAAGCUUGGAUUUCUACAGUGCGCAUUGUGAAUUUCACCUUUUUUCAAGAAGUUACUUUUGAGGUUUUGAUGAUUUAUGUACAGAUAUUUACACCAACAUGAAUUAUAUUAAUUCAAAAAGUUGUUACUGAUUGAUUGGAUCUGAUGGUAAUGCUGCUGAUGAUGAAAAAGUGUGUCAUUUGUGACGAUAAUUAACAUGAUGAUGAUGACAGUUAUGAAGAUGUAAAAUAUAGUAUGAUGAACUUA